AUGGAAGAGGCCGCAGAAGUCGAGGAAGUUUCGGCGCCAUACGAAGAAGAGUCCCCGUCGCGGGAGGAUGGCGACGAGCACCGGCAGGACGAGCCCUGGACUGUGAACAGGGCGGCGUAUGAACAGGAUGCAAAGUCUGCCGCGAGGGAAGAUACACACCGAAAGAAGAAGGUAACUGAGACUGCAGCGGCAGCAGCAAGGGCAGCAAGGGUGGAAGCGGACAGAAAGGUACGGAAGGACGCAAAGGCCGCCGCAAGGGUGGAGGGGGAGAUAAAAAAGGCACGAGAGGCAAGAAUGGAAGAGCAGAGACGGGCACGAGAGGCUGCAGAGGCAGCGGCAAGGGCAGAGGAGGAGAGACGGGCACGAGAGGCUGCAGAGGCAGCGGCAAGGGCAGAGGAGGAGAGACGGGCGCGAGAGGCUGCAGAGGCCGCAAGGGCG